CACGCCUCUUAUUUAGUCUCUCUCCGGUCUCUCUUCGUUUCUUCGGCGGCGUCAUAAUGGCCGGAAGUAAACACGACACAGACGAAGGGAACCCUAACCCGAUUCCGACUCCUCCACCGCUCGCCGGGGACGCACCGCUAUCCGGGGAGGCGACGUCGCCACCCCUUCUGCCGCCUUCCGCCCGCAGGCCCUUCACCAGCCUCAGCCAGGUCGAUGCUGACCUAGCUCUUGCCCGCGCGCUUCAAGAACAGGAGAGGGCGUACGCAUUGCUGAGGAUGAACGGUGUCGACGGCAGUGAUUACGAGAGCUCCGACGCCGAUAGCUACGAUUAUGAGGAGGAGGAAGUCGAGGAGGGCGUCGGAGACGAGCCGGACCAUGUGAUCGAGGAGGACGCGGGGAACAUCGAGGGGAGCGAUUACGACCAGGACGCUUUCGAUGCUAAUGAUCCUGAUGUUGACGAUGAGGCAUUCACAAUGGCGCUGCAGGAUUCUGAGGAGCAGGAGGUGGCUGUUCGGUUGAUGGCCCUCGCAGGAUUGAAUGAAUGGGUGUCAGAUGAUCAUGAUGAUUAUGGCGAUAACUCUCAAGAUGCCUGGCAAGAGGUUGAUCCAGAUGAAUACUCAUAUGAGGAACUAAUUGCACUAGGCGAGGUAGUUGGAACUGAAAAUAGAGGCCUUUCGGUUGACACAAUAUCCGGUUUGCCUUUAGUAAAUUACAAGGCAAACAAUGUCCAAGACAGCAAUGCUGAACAAUGUGUCAUAUGCCGGCUGGAGUAUGAGGAUGGUGAUUCCUUGAUGCUGCUUUCUUGCAAGCACAGAUAUCACUUUGAAUGCAUAAACAAGUGGCUACAAAUAAACAAGGUAUGUCCUGCCUGUAACGCCGAGGUAUCAACAUCAGAGAACAAGUAGAGAUCUGCAUAACCUGAUGAAGAGACCAUCGUCUUCUGGAGAUGCUUUUAAGGAGAUUGCUUCUAUAGAAAAACACCGUAAAGAUGUCCCACCUAUCAAUGCAUCGCAGUUGGUGCGACUUCCAUAUAUGUUACAGUAUAAUGGAACCCGUUAUCAUCAUUAAUGUGGUAAAACCUUUUCCUUCUUUGAUGUUCUAAUCAACACACCACAGAAUUGUAUGAUUAUUGUUAUCCAUAAUUGUAACUGGAAUUCUGAGUUCAGUGACCAUCAAACUCGAGAUGUGGGUGCCAGGUAUUAUCAUUUUUUUUCACAAAUCGAAAACUCAAAAUUAAUGGUUUGCUCCAUCUAUUUUUGUAAUUUUGUUUUCCUAAAAUCUUUGUGUAAUUGGAAGGCUUCGCAUCAUGGAAGACAUGGGAGGGGAGAAUGGCUUUGCCAUGCAGAAGAAGAGCUUCAUCCACGGAACAAUACCAAGAGAUCAACUAUAAGCCUCUUCAGCACAUCCUAUUCUGGACGCCACAGUAUCUUCAUACACCACUCUGAUUCUUCUGCUGAUAGUUCCCGAUGAUGCCGACUUGGCCGUCGAACUGAAGACUGGCGAUCGCCAAACAAACCUGAGAAGCGUCCUUCUUCACCAAGUACAAGAUGCCGGUGACGUCCACGUUCAUCUCCGCGCCGCCCUCGAAUCCAAACCUCACCUUGGGGACCUUCACCUCCUCGUAUGCCGACAGGUUGAAGCAGGUCUCCAAGAUUGAGAAGCUCGGCGCCGGCGGAUAGCCUGAGAACUGUCUCACGAACUCGGCCUUAAGCGUCUGGUAGAUCGAGGGCGGAAGCCGGGUGAUCACCGUGCCCGAAUCGAUGAGGGUUCUACCGUUGGAGAAGCCGGCGGCAUCGAGUGGCACACCGCCGAUGCUCGCGCCGGUGCGGUUGAGGAAGUAGAAUGGCGCUUGCCGAGAUAUGAUACCAUUCGAGUGUCCGAAACCGGCGUGGAGUUCUUGUAGAGAGCAGGAUCUUGAUGAGUUGAGGAUUCUUGUGGGGAGGCAGUAGGAGAAGAAUCCGCCGAACUGAGAGGUGGUUUGGAAGACCAGAGAGAGCUGAGUCCUGCCCAGCCCCAUGAGACCGAAGGUUCCGGAGGCCGCAGCCGAAGAUGAAGCCGUCGAUGCUCGUCCCACCGAUGUCGAUCCUCUCGCGGCCCAGCACGCCGCGAGUGUAGGAGACAUCUCUGCAGCUGAGGGCGUAGUUGCAGGUCGAUCGGUCGGCGCCACAGACGCCGGCCUUCCCGGUGGCCGCCUGAAGCAGGUGGUGGAGUUGCAGGUGAUGCUGUGGUACGAAGGCGAGGCGGAGGCGUUGAAGAGGCGCCCUGUUGGCUGUAGCAGGAGCAAGGCUUGCGUUGGACCCGCGUCAGGUCGUCGCCGGUGUCGACGACUUUCAUUUGCUAAUCAACUUAAUUAUUAAUUGAUUUACUUCAUAUGAAUUUUACAUAGUAAAUUUUAUACAUUUCAUUUUUAUGUGUGAAUCAUGAGAAAAUAAAGAUUAUAUCUGAUUUUAGCAA